GCGCAGGCGCCGCUCCCGCCCGGCGCCAUCGCGGCUGAGCGGCCACCCCGGGCCGGCCAUGGCCACCGACUCAUGGGCCCUGGCCGUGGACGAGCAGGAGGCGGCGGCAGAGUCGCUGAGCACUUUACACCUGAAGGAUGAAAAAACCAAACCAGAUGCCAAUGGUGCCGUUGUCAAGGCUGACGACAACGUGGAGAAGACAGAGGAUGAGGAGAAGGAGGACAGAGCUGCCCAGUCCUUGCUGAACAAGCUGAUCCGCAGUAACCUGGUUGACACCACAAAUCAGGUGGAGGUGCUGCAGAGGGACCCCACAUCACCCCUCUACUCCGUCAAGUCUUUCGAGGAGCUGCGCCUGAAACCACAGCUCCUGCAAGGAGUCUAUGCCAUGGGCUUCAACAGACCAUCUAAGAUCCAAGAGAAUGCCCUGCCCAUGAUGCUUGCUGAACCCCCUCAGAACCUGAUCGCACAAUCGCAGUCCGGUACUGGCAAGACAGCUGCCUUUGUCCUGGCCAUGCUUAGCCGUGUUGAACCCGGAAACAAGUAUCCCCAGUGUUUGUGCCUUUCCCCAACAUACGAGCUGGCACUUCAAACAGGAAAAGUGAUUGAACAGAUGGGAAACUUUUAUCCAGAGCUGAAACUUGCGUAUGCUGUCCGAGGCAACAAAUUGGAGAGAGGGCAGAAGAUCUCGGAGCAGAUUGUAAUUGGCACACCCGGCACCGUGCUGGACUGGUGUUCCAAACUGAAAUUCAUAGAUCCCAAGAAGAUCAAAGUGUUUGUCUUGGAUGAGGCCGAUGUGAUGAUCGCGACCCAGGGCCACCAGGACCAGAGCAUCCGCAUUCAGAGAAUGCUCCCUAGGGACUGCCAGAUGCUGCUGUUUUCAGCCACCUUUGAGGAUUCUGUGUGGAAGUUUGCUCAAAAAGUUGUUCCUGACCCAAACAUUAUCAAACUGAAGCGCGAGGAGGAGACCCUGGAUACCAUCAAGCAGUAUUAUGUCCUGUGCAACAACAGAGAUGAGAAGUUCAGAGCUCUCUGCAAUAUCUAUGGUGCGAUCACCAUCGCCCAGGCCAUGAUCUUCUGCCAUACUCGGAAGACAGCGGGGUGGCUGGCAGCAGAGCUGUCCAGGGAAGGCCAUCAGGUGGCCUUGCUUAGCGGGGAGAUGAUGGUGGAGCAAAGAGCUGCUGUGAUCGAGCGCUUCCGAGAGGGCAAGGAGAAGGUGCUGGUGACCACAAACGUCUGUGCCAGAGGGAUCGAUGUAGAACAGGUCUCUGUUGUUAUCAAUUUUGACCUUCCUGUGGAUAAAGAUGGGAAUCCAGAUAACGAGACCUACCUGCACCGGAUCGGCCGCACCGGUCGCUUUGGCAAGCGAGGACUGGCCAUUAACAUGGUGGACAGCAAGCACAGCAUGAACAUUCUCAACAGAAUCCAGGAACAUUUCAACAAAAAGAUAAACAAAUUGGAUACUGAUGACUUGGAUGAAAUUGAGAAAAUAAAUAACUGAAAUAGCUGCUGGAACUGGUGUGUGCCCUGCUGUGGAAGCUCUCCCACUACAAUUGGAUCAGCGUUUGGAUUGGCACAGCCUCUCGGCUCGUCCCGAAAAGGACUCUUCAAGAUAUGAGUACACAAAAAUUACCUCAUUUUCAAAAUUGCAGUUGGACUUCAAAUUGUGCAACUAUGGGGAGGAAGAGGAAAUGUUUACAGAAGCUUUUAACAUUUCUUAGUUUAGCCUUAAAAUGAGAUGAUCUUUGGAAUUCUGAGAAAUACACUUGCCAAAAGAGGGGCAAUAUGGAAUUAUCUAAAAUUUAAAAAGGAAAAAAGAAACAUUAUUGCCUUUAAUUGGAAUAAUGUGCAGCAUUAACCUGAUCAGUUUAAAUUCAACAGCUGAAUAUAUAAUUGAUAUAAGUAAAG